CCCGCCGAGGAGCUGAAGGAAGAAAGUCGCGGGCCAGACGACGACAGUUCGGUGUUUGCUUCUCAAGCACUCUCUCUCUCUCUCUAACUUUUUGUCUCUCUCUCUUCAACAGUCGCAGACGGAACCGAACGGCCAAAGCUGAGAGAAAAUUCCCAAUUCACUCUCUGCACGCGGCUUUCAGGUUUCUACGUUUUCCCCCUUUGCUGGCUUGAGAUUCGAGUUCCAUCUGUCCAUGGUCAGAUUUUCCGUCUCUCGUUUUGUUUUUUUCGGAUUCGGUCCGAUGGAAAAACGUCGUUGAUGAUUGCUGUGGAACUUGGGCGGGAGGUCGUUCAGAAAAUGGUUGAUUGGAUUGGAUUGGAUUCGAUUGAAUUGCGUAGAGGAUGAGGAAGAUGAUCUAAUCGAAUUCGUGUUUCCGAUCCUGAUGGCUGUCUUCAAUUCGUGAAUUUUAGGAGAAAGUUGAAGUAUGAUGCAGAAUCGAAGUCCGCCCAAGCAUCGACACGAUGGCACCUCGCCGUUGCCUCUUGGAAUGGACUGGAGCCCUCCUCCUCGAAAAUGGAAUGGGAAGAACACAGUUUGGCCUCAUGACCAUCGCACUGGAUGGAGUUACUGUGUCAUAAUACCUUCAUGGGUUGCUCUUCCUAAAUCACGAGUUGCAGAUCCCGUAGUGUUCUACAGGGUUCAGGUUGGUGUACAGUCACCUGAGGGGAUCACAGCGAUGCGGGGAGUAUUAAGGCGAUUUAAUGAUUUCUUGAAUUUAUUUUCCGAUGUUAAAAAGGCUUUUCCAAAGAAAACUAUUCCACCAGCUCCAUCCAAAGGAAUCUUACGGGUGAAAACCAGGACGCUCUUAGAAGAGAGAAGGCGCUCUUUGGAGGAGUGGUUGACAAAGCUGUUGUCUGACAUCGACAUAUCAAGAAGUGCUGCAGUAGCGUCCUUCCUUGAGCUAGAAGCUGCUGCUAGGUCUUUUUUCCAAAAUGAUAAUCAGGGGCCUUCAGAUGAAUACCCUGAUUAUAACAGUAAAAUUUCUGCACAUCAAUCCCCUCCUAAUUCAAGCUCAUCUACUGUUGCCGGUGGCUUGUCGCUUGCAUCAGAUUAUGGCAGUGAUACUGCUUAUGAGGCGUCUGAACUUGGUACAGCAAGUCUGGGAAGAGAUGAUAAUUCUGAAAUAGCCAUGGAUGAUUUAGCUCUGGACGACGAUCUUUCCAGUCCAAUUGAAAAACUUGUGAAGUAUGGAUUGUCCAAUAUUGAUGAGGGACUCUUUAUGGGUCAGGCCAUUAUAGAGCAGUUGGAAGGCCUUCCAAAACACAAAUCUCGUCCUGGAUAUAAUAGCAAUUUAAAGGAUGGGCACAAUGGUAGUACUUCCAAGGCAUCGUACUUGAAUAAAAAUGGACUGGUGCCGUUUGCAGAUCCCGAGCAUGGCAAGGUAAUUGGUCAUGCUCGCAAGCUGUCUGAUGAGAGUGUGGCAAGUGAUGCAAGUUCUCUGAGAGGUGGAGAAAUUUCAAGCUUUUCACCAUUAGGCAAUGGCUCACUUGACCAUUCAGGUGCUGAGGUUUCAAAUGCAGUCGAAUUUCUUAGCAACCCUGAAUUGCAUUUUUCACAUGAUGCACUGCUCUUCCCAAAGGAUCAUCGCCAUAAAUUGAAUAGGGUUCUUUCAACAAUGCAUCAAAGGCUAGUGACUGCAAAAACAGACAUGGAGGACCUUAUAUCAAGAUUGAACCAGGAAAUAGCCGUGAAAGAUUACCUUAGAACAAUGGUUAAGGAUUUGGAAGUAGAACUCGAAACAAAUAAGCAGAAAAGUAAAGAAAACCUUCAACAAGCUAUUUUGAUGGAGAGGGAAAAGGUUACCCAAAUGCAGUGGGAAAUGGAGGAACUUCGUCACAAAUCAUUGGAAAUGGAGUUAAAAUUGAAGUCUAAAGAGGGUGAAGAUCCAUUUUCAGUGCCUACAAAAGAAUUUACCCUCCAGGAGAAGGUUGCUUUGCAAGAAGAGCUUGAAUCCACGAAAGAGCAACUAAAUAAUGUUUUUAAGCGAUUUGAAGAGCUUGAAGGAAAAUCAAAAGCAGACAUCAGGGUUCUUGUUAAAGAGGUCAAAUCUCUUCGAAGCACCCAAGCCAAACUUAAAGAAGAGCUUAGUCAAACACUCCAACAGAAGUCUGAGACUGAGGAGUUCCUUCAACAGGAAAGAGAAAUGAGACAGCGCGCUAACACCGCUUGGAGAAAGCUGCUGUCUGAAUGUAGGAGCCUACAUGAUCGGCUUAAAGAAUGCAGCAUGAACUUUUCAGCAGAUGAUGAUUAUAACCAUGAUGUGGAAUCAUCAGCCUUAUCUAAUGCCUUGGAUUUGUUGACAACAUCUGAUGACCAACUCAAUCUCCUGCUCACUGAGGAAAACCUUCUACUCGCUGGCAACCAAACCGCUACUUCAAUGGCAGAUGAUGCCGUUCAAGAUCACCACAACAGUUCGAUUGAGAUAGACACAGAGCUGAGGAUGAUACUUAAAGACAUGUUCACAGAAAACGCUAGGUUGAGGAAACAGGUCAAUUCGUACUACCGGCAUAGUAUGCGAUCGAAGAUGUCAAAGGAAGCUGAUGGUGCAGAGGCUUCUUCUUCUUCAGAACAUACCGAAGUACAUACCAGUACAGAGACAUGAUAGCUGUUGAUCAGUAUAUUAUUUCCCUCUUUCUUUCUUUCUUUUUCUAGUUUUUCCCCCUCCAUCCCUCUAAAUAUAAGAAAGCACUUCGUUAUUCAGUAGCCGUUUUGCUCAUCUUUGGAUAAAUAAUGCAGCUAGCUUGAUAUAGUGGAUAAUUUUAGCCAAUGGGUUGGUGCAAAAGUCAGUGAUGUCAUUUUGUGGCUUGAGUUUGCUUUUUAGGGAAGGUUACAUUAUGAAUCAGGGGACCCUGCAACUGAUAAGGGAUGCUCAUAUGCCCCUAACAUUUGACCUAUUUGGCCCCUCCCACGACACACAUGUUCUACUUUUACUUUGUCUUCAUGUUUUUGUUCAUUUUGAGAACAAAUGCUAACAAAGCCAAAAAUUGAACAUUUGCA